UACCGGAGCAGCUGCGGCUGGCAGAAACUUAGCGGAGCUUUGCCGGUGCUGUCACCUCCUCCUGCCGAGCAGAGCCGAGCCCAGCCGCUGCGCCGGGGAGGAUGCGGUCGUCCUGCGUCCUGCUGGCCGCCCUGGUGGCGCUGGCCGCCUACUACGUCUACAUCCCGCUGCCCGGCUCGGUGUCGGAUCCCUGGAAGCUGAUGCUGCUGGACGCGACUUUCCGAGGCGCACAGCAAGUGAGUAACCUGGUACACUACCUGGGCCUGAGCCAUCAUCUGAUCGCACUGAAUUUUAUCAUCGUUUCUUUCGGCAAGAAAAGUGCGUGGUCCUCUGCCCAAGUGAAGGUGACUGACACUGACUUUGAUGGUGUGGAAGUCCGAGUGUUUGAAGGUUCUCCAAAGCCCAGCGAGCCGCUGAGACGCAGCGUCAUUUAUAUCCACGGAGGAGGCUGGGCCUUGGCAAGCGCAAAAAUCAGGUAUUACGAUGAGCUGUGCACAGCAAUGGCAGAGGAGCUGAAUGCUGUCGUUGUCUCCAUUGAAUAUAGGCUGGUCCCACAGGUUUAUUUUCCUGAGCAAAUUCACGAUGUGGUUCAUGCCACAAAGUAUUUCCUGCAGCCAGAGGUCUUGGAGAAGUAUAAGGUUGACCCCGGCAGAGUUGGCGUUUCCGGUGACAGCGCUGGUGGGAACUUGGCUGCUGCCCUUGGACAACAGUUCAGUCAAGAUGCCAACCUAAGGAAUAAGCUCAAACUGCAAGCAUUAAUCUACCCAGUCCUCCAAGCGUUAGACUUUAAUACACCCUCUUACCAGCAAAAUGUGAACACCCCAAUCCUGCCCCGCUACGUCAUGGUGAAGUACUGGGUGGACUACUUCAAAGGCAGCUACGACUUUGUGCAGGCGAUGAUCAUUAACAAUCACACUUCCCUGGAGGUGGAAGAGGCUGUGGCCCUCAGGGCCCGUCUAAACUGGACAUCCUUGCUGCCUGCGUCCAUCACCAAGAACUACACGCCUGUUGUGCAGACCACGGGCAGUGCCAGGAUCGUGCAGGAGAUCCCGCAGUUGCUGGAUGCCCGCUCGUCCCCACUCAUUGCGGACCAGGCCGUGCUCCAGCACCUCCCGAAGACCUACAUUCUGACUUGCGAGCACGACGUCCUGAGAGACGAUGGGAUCAUGUACGCCAAGCGCCUGGAGAGCGUGGGUGUGGAGGUGACCCUCGAUCACUUCGAGGAUGGCUUCCACGGGUGCAUGAUUUUCACGAGCUGGCCCACCAACUUCUCAGUGGGCAUGCGGACUAGGAAUAGUUACAUCAAGUGGCUGGAUCAAAACCUGUGAAGGAGCAAAACCUCCCAGAGGCUCAAGCCCCUCUUGACCUUCUGCAUCUGCUUUGCAAAGACAUGGAAUUCUUAGUUGCUUAAUCCCCCUCACGUGCUGCUUGUGAGUCUUGGAUUCUCUGUUCUCUGCAGACUUUAUGAUAAUCUAGUUUUCAGAAGUGAAUUCGAGAAAGUGCAAAAAUAUCUGAAUUUGGUUUUCAGAGUGGGCCACGCUCUGUUCUUUGUUUUAGCCAACUACCACCAAGUUCCACAGCUGCAAAACGCAGGAGCAGGGCUGGAAAUAGGCUUGGUCCUGCCUCCCUCAAGACAGUCUUUUCAGAAGACGCAUUCACAGUUGUGGAUGAUGGGAUGACCUUCCUUGAGCUGAGAAAACAGGAGCUCUUGAACUUGCUAGAGCUGACCUUGGGGGCAGAGCGGCGUUAAAUGUGUGCGCUUUGAGCUCUGUGCUGGGGACCAAGUGCUCUCCCUUCUUUGUUGAUGGUUUUGUUUCCUAUGGGAAUUUCAGCAAUGGCUUCCUAGCAAGACAGGUUCCUCAAGGAUUCUCUUCCCCUAGAGUGUUAACUUUAUGAGAUAGCUGUCGUUAAGUCCAGUUCUAUUUAAAUGAUACUUGAACAUUACUUUCUACUACCGUUAUUAGAAAAUAGGAGGCUGCAUGCACUGGAGAUACAUAAUUAUUAAACUUUUGGUAUUGUUUGGUUACAUUGUCUCCUUGGGGCAAUCUUUUGGGAACAAAUUUAUGUAGAUUUAGAAUAAAUUUUCCACUGUGAAAUAAGUAAAAAAACAGACAAAGGAAACAACCUUUUGUUUCAUAAAAAUGCUCUGGCACAAACUACCGAGAGCAGUGUGCAUAUAUUUGAUAUAGUCAGGAAAUAAAGUGCAUUUACUAUUAAUUUAAAAUACUGUUCCCUAAUGAAAAAAUACCUUUAGAAGGCCUAAUCUAUUCUUAAAAACUCAACUUUUUCACUUAUAUGGCUUUAAAAUGUGACUAUUUUGGUAAAAUAUAAUGUAUUAUUUAUUUUUUUAAGUUAUUUAAUGUUACUAUAUAUAGCUAGAAUUAGGAUUUUCCUGAAAAACAUCUGUAAUAAAUAUCAAAAGGAAUGGUAUUUUUAAAACUA